AUGUCCGAUAUAAGUCAUGAUCGGCUCAGCGUGUUUCAUUUCUCUGACGGGAUUGUAUCCCAGUCUCAGUUAAAUUCAGACCUCAAUAAUCCGUCCGAAUCCACCGAUUCGGGUACUGCAAUGACCACUCCCAUGGAUUCCUCCAUUACUACCAGUGGCACGGCGUCCCCAGCUACACCGACCACUAUUCCAGGUNCAGUUGAUGUAGACCUGGGAGCUAACUAUCUGAUCGGAUGUUCUAAUCGUCAAGUGGAUCAACCGUUGUUCCACAUGGCUCGACUACUCGAAGUGCCCACAGCCACAUCAGCUGGAGAUUUGUGCAAAAAGUAUCGAGGAUGGGAAUGCGCUGAGUUAGCCAGUUGGCGCAAUCAUCUACUGCCAGGUGCACCUGUAAUAUCCAUGCGAGAGGUAGCAGAGGCGGUGUUCCUAUUUGACAAGGUGAUCCACUUGGCUGUGCAUAAUCAUUUGAAGCUCAAGUCCAAAUUGUUUAAAGCCCGAAAACAGUUCGAAUUUUCCAAUCUGGAUUCAGUACCCACUUUGGACGAACCUACAGUGAAGUCUCCGGUGCGUUUAUCCCUGGCAGAUCAACUUGCCCUAGCAUACCCUUCGAACGAACAACGCGAGGCUUAUUACGUCUGGGCCGAACGCAAGCUGUCCGCUUUGGCCUUGGAUCAAGCUGGGUCCUGUCCUGCUGUUGUACGCUCUGUCCACGUCAGCUGGGAGGAUCGUCUGGUCACCGGACGAUUCACAGAUUUGCUUAAUCCCUUGAUUCAAAACGUUCCUAUUGUGUAUAAUACCGUGGUAACGGCGGUCGAUUGGCAUGUAUUUACAGAUUCGGGUGCCGGCGUACGUAUUACCACACGUCCGUCGUUCGAAACCGAUAUCAAGCCGAUGGGCGAAGUAAUCUACGAAGCCAAAUAUUGUAUUGUCACCGUUCCCGUGGGUGUACUGAAAGGUUUGGAUUCGCGGUCGGCUAUUGUUUUCAGACCGCCUUUACCUCGAGACAAACAGGAAGCUAUUGAACGUCUGGCUUGUCCCGUUAAAGGUGCCGCAACGCAUGAAAAGGUUAUACUACGCUUUCGUACCCCAGAAGACCUGUUCUGGGAUACAAAAGCAGCCCACCUCAAUUGUCCUGAUCCUCGUUUGCACAUCCUCAACCUGCACCGGUAUGGCAAACCUGGUGUUCUGUGUGCUCACUUAUGGGGUGGUAGUGGAUUGUCCCCAAGUGGCAUGUCUGAUCAAGAAGUGGUCGAUGUCAUACUCGAUCUGUUAGAUCAAAUGUACCCAGAAGCCAAAGGUUCUAAAGUCAAAACUGGUAAACGAGGUAUUCCUGACCCAGUCCAGUUCGUGGUCACACGCUGGUCCGAAGACCCGUACGCACUGGGUGCUUACACCACUGGUGAACCAAGUAGUUCCGACGCCGAUCGCCUAAUUUAUGCGGCUACAUUGACAGAUCGGGAUGCAGUCCAACUGACCAAAGAGGCCGAAAUGCGCCACACGGCUGAGGGCAAGCCUUCGGAAGCGAUGUAUAAACUACCCGAUAAUCCCGUUCCACGACUAUUGUUUGCUGGUGAAGGGACGCUGACCGCUUCUGAAGCUAAAGAAUGUACUCAUGGUGCCUUACAGACGGGUGUCUUCCGAGCCAUAGAACUUCUUCCAUUUCUGUCAGGCUCCGUUUGCAACGGUGUAACUCCAUCGGACCCACAUAAGCCGCCUCGGCCUGAACUAGCAGUUCCCCUUAAUAAAUUGGCUCACUAUUUGGUCGGAAAACCAUGCUCACAAGCGAAGUUGCGAAAUGCGAUUGAACCCUCAGAUCGACGGACCCGGUCCAUUCGUCGGCCCACACGCCACAUUCUAGAUGAGAUGUUAGAUUUCGGUCCUGGACGUCGUGGCACUCAGGGUGCACGUUUGAUGCAACGCUCCCACAGUGCAUCCGAUGUGUCUAUGCCCGUGUACAGUUCGGAUAGUUCGGUCACCUCAUCCGAUUACGAAGAUUGCAGUAUGGUCGACUAUAACACAGGAACUAAUCUUCUUGCAAAGCGUUACUCCGGAUCCCAUUUGCAAGUAUUCGCGUCCCGUCGUCCUGGUCGUGGCGGUUUUGUGAACGCAUGUCGAGCAAAUGAUGUGAACUCCCACAUCACGGUCCUUCCCGGGUCAACAACGCCCCGUAGUUCCGGUUUUGUGAGAGGAAAACAGCGGUUACACACUAACGGUAGUUAUUUGCAGGCAUCACGUUCUUGUCGGUCCGGUUUGAAAUCAAAGUGCGCGGUAUCCAGACAAGGACAAACACCAUCAUCUGUGACUGAAAGUAACUCUCGCCGUCGAAGUGCCCGGCCUUUGGUUCACAUUCGUAAAAUUCGAGAAUCAUGGCCGUUUUUAUCCGUUCGAGGUCGAGCACAAACAUUGGCACGGCUUAGCGAUUUGUUGGAGGAGUUAAGCAGUGAAAUGGAAUUCUCAACGGAUGAAACGCAAGAAAUACCCAGUUCACCCUUCGGUCUGAGCCAUCUGACCAACUGUACAGUACAACUAAAAUAUCAUCCCGGUCAUUCCACAAGUUUCAAACAAACUGAAUGA